UUUACCUGACAUUAAAUGUUUACUGAAAACGUAAACAAAAUUCCUAAUUUAAUACAAAAAUAUCAAUAUUUAAAGCUGAUGGACGAACUUUAGAGAUGGAAAUGCGUAAAAACCAACUGAAUUUGGUUUCAGAUUUUAUAGCCGAUGCCGAUUCUCAAGUUAACAAAUUAUUAGCUAAUUUUGGUUGGAAAAGGACUGAAACCAAUCUUAAUAGACGACAACAAAAUGAAAAGAAAGCAACCGCCCCAGAUCCAGAUGCAUUACCUGAAUCAUUCUACGACGAGCAUCAUCCGUUUUCGGUGAAAGUUGACACAAAUGUACAAGCAUAUCUUUUACGCGCACCUACUCUAGAUUUUCCCGUUCAACGCGAAACACCCACAAACCAUGAAGAUCUUCUGGUGAAUUAUUCCUCCGCCGAAAGACUUACAUUGGACCAGUACGUGCUACAAAACACGCCCGCGAUCGAGCCCCUCCAAGAGAUACAAAUAAGCUUCAAGAAGCAAAACAAGGACGCCAAGAUGACUUCCCUGGCGGACAUCGCAACCUACCGGCGGAACGUGUUUCGCCGCAACCAAAAGUAUCGCGUGGCAAAGAACCCAUUGACCUACCAGGAGGAGGUGCGAAAUCUCAUCCAAAUGCAAACGGAAGCUAUGGUGGAAUAUCUUGGGCAGGUUAAGCGAGAAAAGUCGUCUCGUCGAGGGGGCGGUGAUCGAGACAAGCGAAAGCGAGAAGAUAAGCACGAUGGAGAGAGAUCAAGAGGGAAGAGUUUCGAAGGAAGUCAUCGUAAAAGGAGCAAGUAUGAGUGAAUUACUUACCUGGAAAAGGUCGACGAAACAGUUUGAUAAGGGCCGUGAUAAGCACUACGCAGCACAAGAUUUAGUUUUGGAUUUUUAAACUUUAAUAAAACAAUAACAACACACUA